CCCCUCGCGAAUCCGACGACGCCAGUGUUUUGCCCCACGCCAAUCCUAGCCGUCUAUUUCCCACGCGAGGCGCAGUUAAGAUGGGGCCCACGUCCUCCUCUUCUUUUAAACUCUCAGGCCUGAUAUAGCGGGAAGGAACCGCCUCUAUGAUGCUCUGCAAAGAACUAACCGCCCUCCACCGCCACCACCGCCGCCACUUUAACGAUUCCGCCACCGGGGCCGCCGUCUGAAUCAAUAAAAGAACGCUUCGCUCUCAUUUUGUUUUUCCUUUUCCUUUUUGUGUUCGUUUCCUAUCGCCUGGUUUUGAAAAAUAAGGAGUUAAUUUAAUUCAAUAAGUAAGAAUAUAUAUAAGUUGGUAAUCCUUUAGAGUUUUACCCAUAUAGUUAUUGGAAAGUUUUGCGGCUUUCAGAUCAGAUAUUGUUUCGCGUGUUUUUCAUUUUUAGCCUGUUUCUAAAUUUGUGCAUGCUCCAUAACAAAGAGGCAGACGGGAUUUCCUGGUUGGUUGUAAUUUAUUCGUUGAAAUCUUUUGGAGAGUGUGCGAGUGUUGAUAAGAAAUGGAGUCGAAGCAUAUGUUGAUGUCGGCAUUGGGUGUGGGCAUAGGAGUAGGAGUUGGCCUUGGGUUGGCGUCUGGCCAAACGGUCGGAAAAUGGGCUGGCGCUUCUAUACCGAGCGGCGUUUCGCCGCAGACUAUGGAACAGGAGAUGUUAAGUCUCAUCGUCAAUGGAAGGGACACCAAUGCCACCUUCGAUCAGUUCCCCUACUAUCUGAGUGAACAGACAAGGGUCUUGUUAACAAGUGCUGCUUUUGUCCAUUUGAAGAAAGCUGAUUUCAGUAAGCAUACACGGAAUCUAUCCCCUGCAAGUCGAACAAUUUUGCUCUCUGGUCCCACGGAAAUGUAUCAGCAAAUGCUCGCCAAGGCUUUAGCUCAUUAUUUUGAAGCCAAGUUGUUAUUGCUAGAUGUAACAGAUUUUUCUUUGAAGAUUCAGAGCAAGUAUGGGUGUCCCAAAGAAACUUGUUUUAAAAGGUCCAUAUCUGAAACAACAUUGAGCCGAAUGUCUGGGUUACUAGGAUCGUUUUCAAUGCUUCAGCCUAAGGACGAAAUUAAAGGUACGUUACGUAGGCAAAGCAGUGGAAUUGAUCUUAUAUCAAGUGGGCAGGAAGGCUCUAAUCCUGCAAAACUGCGGAGAAAUGCAUCUGCAGCAAACAUCAAUAAUCUUGCUUCAAUGAGUACACCUGCAACUUCAGCUCCAGUUAUGCGCACAAGCAGCUGGUGUUUUGAUGAUAAGCUUUUUAUACAGACACUUUACAAGGUUCUUGACAAAGUAGCAAAAAUCAGUCCAAUUAUACUUUAUCUUAGGGACGUCGAUAAGCUCCUCUGCAGAUCUGAGAGAGUGUAUAUCAUGUUCCAGAAAAUGUUGAAGAGAUUGUCCGGAUCCGUACUGAUCCUUGGUUCAAGGAUUGUUGACCCUGAAAAUGAUUACAGACUAGUAGAUGAGAAGAUUUCUUCUGUAUUCCCUUAUAACAUUGAAAUAAGACCCCCAGAUGAUGACAAACAUCUUGUUAGCUGGAAGUCUCAGCUGGAAGAGGAUAUGAAAAUGAUUCAAUAUCAGGAUAACAGAAAUCAUAUAAUUGAGGUACUUGCUGCUAAUGACCUUGAUUGCGAUGAUCUUGGUUCAAUCUGUUUGGCAGAUACAAUUGUUCUUAGCAACUACAUAGAAGAAAUUGUGGUAUCAGCUAUCUCCUACCAUCUGACGAAUACAAAGGAACCUGACUACAGAAAUGGGAAGCUUGUGAUAUCAUCUGCGAGCUUGUCCCAUGGGUUGAGUAUAUUUCAGGAAGGUAAAUCUUCUGGAAAGGACACCUUAAAACUUGAAGCCCGAGCUGAAAUGCCGAAGGGAACACUAGACGGAGAUGCUGUGAGGUCAAGGCCUGAAGGAAAACCCGAAACCACUGGAUCUGAAAGCAAGAGCGAAGAUUCCACAGCUUCAAAAACAACUGAUAUCCCUCCAGACAAUGAAUUUGAAAAGCGUAUACGGCCAGAAGUCAUACCAGCAAACGAAAUUGGUGUCACAUUUGCAGAUAUAGGUGCCUUGGAUGAGAUUAAGGAAUCUCUUCAAGAACUAGUGAUGCUACCGCUUAGAAGACCAGACCUUUUUGAAGGUGGCCUUUUGAAACCAUGCAGAGGAAUACUGCUUUUUGGGCCUCCUGGUACCGGGAAGACUAUGCUGGCCAAGGCUAUAGCUAAUGAAGCAGGAGCGAGCUUCAUUAAUGUUUCAAUGUCUACUGUUACUUCUAAGUGGUUUGGUGAAGAUGAGAAGAAUGUGCGUGCCUUGUUCACUCUAGCAGCUAAGGUCGCCCCUACCAUAAUAUUUGUGGAUGAAGUCGAUAGCAUGCUUGGGCAGCGGAAUAGAGCUGGCGAGCAUGAGGCCAUGCGGAAGAUAAAGAAUGAAUUCAUGACUCAUUGGGACGGGCUACUCUCGAAACCUGGUGAAAGAAUACUGGUUCUUGCAGCAACAAAUAGGCCGUUUGAUCUUGAUGAAGCAAUAAUCAGGCGCUUUGAGAGAAGAAUAAUGGUUGGCUUACCAUCUGUGGAGAACAGAGAGAAGAUCUUAAGGACGCUAGUGUCCAAAGAGAAAGUUGAAGAAUUAGAUUUCAUGGAGCUCGCAGCACUGACGGAAGGGUAUAGUGGAAGCGAUUUAAAGAACUUGUGCAUAACUGCUGCUUACCGGCCAGUUCGAGAGUUAAUACAGCAAGAGAGACUAAAAGAUCAAGAAAAGAAGCACAAAGCAAAGGAAGGGCAGGAGUCUAAAGACGAUUCAGAUAAGAAGGAAAGGGUAAUCACUAUCAGGCCAUUGAACAUGGAAGAUUUUAAGGAAGCCAAAAAGCAGGUUGCAGCUAGCUUUGCUGCUGAAGGUUCCAUAAUGGGUGAGUUAAAGCAAUGGAAUGACCUAUAUGGGGAAGGUGGUUCAAGGAAGAAGGAACAACUAUCUUACUUCUUGUAGAUGUGAGCAAGAGGAUGACCAAGCAUCUAAACAUGGAAUUCAGCCGCUCCUGGAUGUUUCUACUAAUUUAUGAUAUGAUAUUAGGUUACAUGAAGCUAGGAAAUCUGUUGUCAGGGUCGAGAACUUGUUUAGUGAGGUUAAGUAAUUGUGUUGUGUGAGAGUAGAAGUGUGAUAUUCGCUACUUAUUGAGUACCACUCUUACUAGCUACUUGGAUGAUAUAAGCAAAAUUGCAUUUACUAUUCGGAUUGUUGUAUUGCAUCUACUAGUCUGCUGAUUGCCGACUUUUUUCA